CAAGGUCGCUGAAUGGACCUACUUGCUAAUUUUAAUGACUUAGAAGAGUGUUUAAUAUCAGAUGAUCUUUUCGAAAAUUACUUCAAUUAUUUCUUGUCGCUUCCGGUUUUUUCGCUUAAGUUACAGUACAAUCGACUAAGUGGUGAAUUUACCCUCACGGAUUCGUGUGAACUUGAUAUUAAAGAGUCAUCACGUUUAGGUCUUUCAGAGGAAGAUCGAGAACGCGUUAUUAAAUGGGCUGAAUCGGAACGUCUUCCAUACUUUAUGCGGAGUGAUGUUUACAGGGAACUAUUACUGUGCAAGUACUUGAUAGCCCCACUUGAACUGAAUACCGAUCUCAUCGAUUAUUGGGAGCCGUUUAGUGCAGAUUUAGCUAGCACUUUAGGUUGUCAUCCUGGAGUUAGUAGGCAUACUUAUACUUCCUGGACGACAGAUCUCAGCACUUAUGAUGAUGAAACAGAAAGCAGUUAUGAUUACAGUUCUGAAAAAAGUUUUCCCAUUCGUGGAUUAAACAUAAACUCCGUACUAUCACAAUCCUGAAAGUGUACUUCAUCAAAUAAUCCGUACCAUGCACUUUCAAACAUUCGUCAUCAGAAUCUCCGUGGACGGUUGAGGGUCAUUCCCAUGAUAAUAUCUGACUUCCAUAGACUGAAGAGAUCUCAUAUUCGGACAAUAAAUACUUUCAUCCAAUAAUUUUUGAUCACUCUGUCUCGUUGGAGAACGUUUGGAAUUCCUGUAUUGCAGCAAAAAUGUGUUCACUCCCCUCAUUAGUUCAUUUAAUGCUAUGGUGGUAAUGGAAUUACCAACAGUUUUUAACGCAUUGACAAAAUUAUCC